ACUUGGAUAUCAAAUAUGAUACAACGAACAGAGUUUCUGUGGAUAUUCCUGGAUCUUCUCCUGCUGUUGGUGAAUCCAGUCGAGCUCAUUGUGGGCGGUCAGAAUGCAGCUGAGGGCGAGGCGCCUUAUCAAAUCUCAUUGCAGACGCUGGCGGGGAAUCAUCUGUGUGGUGGGGUCAUCAUCUCGUCACGUUGGAUUCUGACGGCCGGACACUGUGUCAUCGGAUUUCCAGCGGAUCGACUGCAGGUGGCAAUGGGCUCCAUAAGAUACACACAACCUGGAGCUGUUCAUUAUCCAUCAGCUAUUUAUAUGCACUGCAACUACGAUCGUCCCAAGUAUCACAAUGAUAUUGCACUGCUCCAUCUGAACGAGAGCAUUGUCUAUGAUGCACUUACUCAACCCGUCACGGUGGCAACUGAAUCCUGUCCCGUGGGCACAUCCUCGAUUGUCUUUACCGGCUGGGGCACACAAUCAGCCGCAGGAACAAUGCCCACGUUAAUGCAACGCGUCCAUCAGACUCACAUUUCACGACAGGAUUGCGAAUCCCGCUUCUCUGACUAUGAGGAUGUCCAGCUGGGGCCGUGUCACCUGUGCGCUCUCCGACAGGUGAAUAUUGGUGCCUGUCAUGGCGACACAGGUGGACCUCUGGUCCACAAUGGAACAUUGAUUGGCAUACUCAACUUUUUGAUACCCUGUGCCAAGGGUGUUCCCGAUGUGUUUAUGGAUGUGCGCUACUACACCGACUGGAUGAGGCAGGUCAUGAGUGGCAACAGUAGAUGUGGACAGGUGCAACAGCAGAUUAUUUAUUAGUGAUUUCAUUGUGACUAUCAUUAGCUUCACUUUUUUUUUCCAUGUUAAGAUGUUCAAUAAUACGAUUAUUUAUAAUUAAAGUUUUCAUUAAUUAUGAUU